AUGAAAACUUUAGGAGACUCGAGCGAUCACCAAAACGAAUCACCCAAGGAACCAUCCAAGAAAUCAUCUAAAACUAUUACGUGUUCUCAAGAUUCUCCUAUAACAUCAGGACCGGUGACACCAUCAACCGUUGAAACACCUAACAACUCCAGACCCGUAACCCCAACUAUCCCUUCCUUUUCGCAAAAUGCGAAUGUCAUCAAUUAUGGUAGAGGAUCAGACGAGCAACAGGAAUAA